AUGCCAAACCGCAGCAGCUCGCCGGCGCGUCCCGCCCCGCCGCCGGCAGUGAGGGCGGGCGACCGCGUGAGCAUCGUGGCGCCCGCAGGGGCCGUGGACGCUUGCCUGCUGAAGCAAGGCUGCGACGUGCUGGCGUCGUGGGGUCUCGUGCCAGUGGUGCAUCCGCAAGUCGAGCUGCGCCAAGCCUACCUCGCAGGCUCGGACCGAGCCAGAGCCGCAGGUCUGGUGGAGGCGUUUUUGGACCCCAGCACGCGCGUUGUGGUGUGCGCCAGAGGCGGGUAUGGCUGCGCGCGCCUGCUGCCCCUGCUGGCCUGCGCGCUUAAGGAGGGGGGCAGGGAAGGGGAAUGCGAGCGCGGAGGGUGGGAGGGCGCGGGGGAGAAGGCGGAAUUGGAGAGAGGCGCGGAGGCAGUGUUGGGGGAAGGAGGGGCGACGAAGGAGGGCGGAUCGGACGAGGGCGGGGGAAAUGAGGACAUGAAUACUGGGGCCGCGGGUGAUGAGGGCAAAGGGGGUCAAGGGGAUGCGGAUGAGGGUAAGGGCGAAGCAGGCGGAUGCGCGCAGAGGGUUGAAGGGCGGACGGGGUGUGGGAGUGCGGAUGGGGACAGUGGAGGGGCGGUGAUGAGGGAAAGGGAAGAUGCAGCAGAGGGGCGUGCAGAGGCACGGGGGGACGUGGGGGGAGCGGGAGCGGGGGCAGCAGGGGGCGAUGGUGGGUGCAGAGGCUCGGAUAGAUCAACUGGUUGCAGUGCUGACGUGGCACGCUGCUGCAGUGCUAACGUGGCUCGCUGCUGCACUGCUGACGUGGCACUGGGCAGCAGCAGGCGCUCGCGGCUGGCCACUCAGGUCCGCCGCAAGCGAUUCUUCGGCUUCAGCGACGUCACGGCGCUGCACAGUUUCUUCCAGGCGGAGCUAGCAGAGCCAAUCAUCUCCUUCCACGCGCCCAUGCCAGCCACCUCAUUCUUCACGCACCAAUCAGCUCUCGCCAGCAGAGCAGCACUCCGUGCCGCCCUCUUUGAACCCUCCCUGCCUCUCGCCUGCCCCCCUCUUCAGGUGAGAGUCAAGUGCCCUCUAGAUAAAUUUCAGGUGCCCUUCAGGAGGGUCAGGGCCGCUGCCUCCAGAGAGGGUGGCUGGGCGGCGCCUGCUCUUGCUGCCGCCCAAAUCGAGUGCAAGGGCGGCUUCUGGGCGGCAAUCUGUCUGUUCUGGCUUCGCUCGUGGGGUCCAAAUGGGCGGCGGGGCGGCGAGGCACGUGCUGCUGCUGCAACAGCAGUGGUGGUGGGGGCGGGGGAGGCAGUGAUGGCGUGA